CUGCCCGACGGGGAAACCAGAGCCGCUCACACAGGGAGCCGGUUACGGACGCCGAGCUGCCCUCACCAGCGGUUUAAAUUUAAAUCCUCCGCCGCUGCCCAAUUAGAGAGCGGGAGCCGCUGACCCGGAAGCACAGGGGAAUGUAGAUUUUCCUCCUGGAGAAGACAUCACUUCCAUGAUAAUUUAACUUAGUCCACUGAAAAUGAAGCAAGAUUCUACUAGAAACAUUGCUUACACUGUGGAUUGCGAAGAUUAUGUGCACGUGGUAAAAUUCAAUCCGUUUGAGAGUGGAGAUGCAUGUUCCCUCAUUGCAUAUGGUGGCAAUAAUUAUGUAGUUGUCGGGUUGUGUAGAUUUCAGGAGGAAGAUGCAGAAGUGGAAGGCAUGCAAUAUAAGACGCUAAAAACAUUUCAUCAUGGAAUCCGAGUUGAUGCCAUAGCAUGGAGUCCAGAAACCAGACUUGAUGCUUCAUCUCCCCAGUUAAGGUUUUGUACUGCGGCUUCUGACAGGAAGUUAAGGCUAUUUACUUCAGACCUGCAGGACAAGAAUGAGUUUAAGACAUUUGAUGGCCACUCAGAUUACAUUAAUGAUUUGGUGUUUGCUCCCAAAGAAGGUCAAGAAGUUGCAAGUGUAAGUGAUGAUCACACCUGCAGAGUCUGGGAUUUGGAAGGAAAUGAGAAGGCCCAUUUUGUCUUACGUUCUCCUGGAAUGAGUGUUUGCUGGCAUCCUGAGGAGGAUUUUAAGCUGAUGGUAGCAGAGAAGAAUGGAACAAUACGAUUCUAUGAUCUAAUUACACAGCAGGCCAUUCUCUCCCUAGAGUGUGAGCAGACGCCACUGAUGUCAGCAGACUGGUGUUUAAAAAAUAACCUUAAAAUUGGAGCAGUUGCUGGAAAUGAUUGGCUAAUCUGGGAUAUCACUCGCUCCAGUUACCCACAGGAUAAGAGACCCGUCCAUGCUGAUCGAGCCAGAUUAUUCAGGUGGUCCCGAGUGAAUGAAAAUCUAUUUGCAACCACUGGAUAUCCAGGAAAGACAACUACUCAAUUGCUUGUUCAUCAUUUAGGACAUCCCCAGCCCAUUCUUACUGGUACCGCAGCUGUAGGAUCUGGUCUGACAUGGCAUAGAACUCUUCCAUUAUGUGCAGUUGGAGGAGAUCAUAAAAUUUUCUUCUGGGUAACUGAAAUGUAAAACAACCAUUUGUGUUCCGUAUGAAACUUUACAGCAUAAUGUCUCUUUUCUAAUAAAACGAAAGAAUUUA